UAUAUAUAAGUUGGGUUGGAAUGGAGUGGAUUGUUUGGUAGCUAGUUUAAGGAGAAAUGGCAGAAAAUGAUGAACACUGGGUGAUAAAAGUAGAGGAUGAAUUGGAGCAAAUGGCAUCAUCGGACACCAUCCAAACAGCGGAAACGCAGCACUGGGAGAAGCGAUCCAUAUACAGAGUCCCGGCAUGCGUCACGGACCUAAACAAGAAAGCCUACAGGCCUCAGGCCGUCUCCUUCGGGCCUUACCAUCACGGCGAGGACAACUUGGUGCCGAUGGAGGAGCACAAGCACCGCGCCCUCCUCCAUUUUCUCAAGAGGUCCGGCAAGCCCCUCAAGUCCUACGUCGACUCUCUGGCGGGAGUCGCCCAGAGUCUGAAGGACUCGUACGAGUCGCUGGAUCCUGCUUGGGGGAGAGACACCUGGCGGUUCCUGCAGUUGAUGAUUCUCGACGGCUGUUUUAUGCUGGAAGUGCUGCGCACCGCGACGCAGACAACAGAUGAUUAUGCUCACAACGAUCCGAUUUUCAGCAAUCACGGGAAGUUCCACAUUGUGCCGUACAUCCAACGCGAUAUGCUCAUGCUCGAAAAUCAACUCCCCAUGCUUCUUCUCACCACACUUCUCGCUGUCGAAAACGAGAAAACUAAGGAAGACGAUGAGUUUGUGAACAAGCUCAUUCUCAGGUUCUGCCGCCCAAACACCCGGUUCCCGCUCGACUCCGGCAUGGGCAAAUGCUUGCACGUACUCGACGUGUACAGAAAGAGCCUCCUUUGGAAAGACACCAGCAAGGAAAAAAGCCGCCACCGCCGGAUACCGCACAUCAGCACGGGCCGCGAGGGAGGCGACGAGAUAAUCCCGUGCGCGAUGGAGCUAGACGAGGCGGGAAUCCGGUUCAAGAGAAACAAGAGCGGCAGCCUGAAGGACAUCUCCUUCAAAGGCGGGGUGCUGAGGCUCCCGCUCAUCAUGGUGGACGACUCCACCGAGUCUAUGUUUCUGAACCUCAUCGCGUUCGAGCGGUUCCAUGUCGGGGCAGGGAACGCGGUGACUUCCUACAUCUUCUUCAUGGACAACAUCAUCGACAGCGCCAAGGACGUUAGCCUCCUGCACGCCCGGGGCAUCAUCCAGAACGCCAUCGGGAGCGACAAGGCUGUCGCCAAGCUCUUCAACUCCCUCUCCAAGGACGUGACGCUCGACCCGGACAGCAACCUGGACGUGGUGCACAAGAGGGUCAACAAGUACUGCAAGAAGAGGUGGAACGUGUGGCGUGCGAAUCUCAUUCACACAUAUUUUAGGAACCCUUGGGCCAUCCUCUCUGUCAUAGCUGCCGUGUUCCUUUUCGCCCUCACGAUCGCGCAAACGAUAUACACCAUUUACCCGUAUUACCAUUCCAACGAUUCUCCAAUUCCGUCUCCUCCUCCUCCACCUUCCCACUGACUGAGCGAGCGAAUUCGCAUUUGAUUGAGUGCUUGCAGAAUAAGGCUUUGCCAAAUUUUCGAAUCCGUUUACCGGAAGGAACUGCUUGCGUUCGGCCUUUCGAUACCGUAUGCAUUUUGAGUUGGUCUCAGGAACAGUUUUCGGGCAACCAGUGAACAAUAAAAGAGGCAAAAUAGAAAGGAGUCAUCAGUGUGUGGUAUAUAUGUUUGUGUGGUAUGUUAGUCGUUUCUGCUUUCCUGUUUCAACACAUUUCCCCGG